AUGUCAGAAGAAGCAAAUGAACCUGAAGAGCAGGCUCUUGCUCAGAAUAUCGUCCAAUUAACAAUUGUUCUUCCAGAAAAACCGGCAAAAGCUGGAUUUCCAGUUACAGGAGAUGAGAGAAUAUACGAGGUGGCUGAAACACUAGGAACGUUUCCUUCGACAAAGGCAUACACAUCGUUUAAUUUGAACUACAACGGAAAAAUCUUGCCAUCGAAUGCAACAAUUUCCGAAGUUAUUUCGUCAGGACCCUCGAAUUCAGCUGCAACCGGCAAGAAUUCCCAGUAUCCAGAGCUUACAUUGACCAUGAGUGAUGCUCCAUAUACGGAGAGGAAGGCAAGAGAUCAUGUGAUCAAGGUUAGGGAGAUGGCGGCACUUGAAAUUCCAUCUUUUCAGGAGGGAAUGCACAAUUUCAGCGGUGUGGCAGCAGGUGCUUCGACCUAUGAGAGUCUUGCACUUGACGAGGUGAAGGAAAAGGAAGAGGAGAAGGAAGAGAAGAAGGAAGAGAAAAAGGAAGAGAAAAAGGAAGAGAAGAAGGAGGAAGUGGAAAAUAAACCAACCGUUUCUGAAAAAGAGCGCAAAGACAUUGACCAGGAGCUCGAGAAAGUGUUGAAUGUCCAUCCAGAUGCUUCAGAGUUUGCAGCAUCGUCAUCUCUCAAGCUCAAACCGGCAUUGCGCACCUUAAGUGUCUCUGCAUGGACACCAGCAGCCCAAAGCCGCCAACUUCAAGGGGAUCUUUUUUACUUGCUGUGCCAGACACUUGAAGGUGAGACAUAUCACAUAACUGCCAAUGUCAAAGGCUUCUUUGUCAACAAGUCGUCUACCAACAGGUUUGAUGGCCACGAGAGGUUGGUUGCAGCUGGAAACGGUAAGUCGAGCCGCAAGAAGUCGAAGGCACACUCUUUGGUGACAUUGUUGAAGUCUCUAUCGUCGAAAUUCGGCGAGCAGCUUGAGGCAAACCGGAAUGUGGUCCAGAACAAUGCCACCGAGACGUUUGUGAUUCCAUCAAACUGCUAUCUCGCAAAUCCAUGGCUGGUGAAGAAAGGUGAGGAGCCUAGAGCAGACUUGGGAAGAAGCCAGUACUCUUAUUUGCAUUACGACUUGAAAGGUGACACUGUUACAGACUGGAACCAGCAAUUUCAGGAUCUGAGAGAUCUGCCACAGAGUUCUCUGCAGGAAGCUAUCAAUAAGGAUGAGGUGUUGAACAAUCUUACGUUUGAGUUCACAACUGCAGCCGUUCAGGGUGCCAUUGCAACCAUCAAGGGAGAUAUUGCUCCAAUGAACCCGGAGGAACCCGAGAAAAACCACAUUUUCUUGAAGAACGGCAUCUUCUACUCGUUCCCAACGGACUUGACUAAGGAAUUCGCCAAAUCUGGAGGUGAUGAGGCUGCCAGAGUCGCUGCAGCACGUGACUUGGCGUCUGUCCGGCUUCUCAACAAGAUGAACAUUCCUGGAAUCACCUACUUGAUGACCACAAUUGUAGAUUACUGUGGCCACCGUGUUGUUUGCCAGACUCCGGCCCCAGGUAUAUUCACAAAGGUGCCAGAGGAGUCUGAGGCAGCAAACUCGGAUUCAGCAUUUCCAGAAAUCAUCAAGCACGGAGUUGUUGGCCAGGGAAAAGUAUUGCUUACAGAUGCCGGAAUCCAGAAGAAGAUGGAGGCGGUUGCAGACGAAUUCCACUUAAAGACCCACAAGGUGUGGAUCGGAACUGGAAAGGACACCUCUGAGUUCAACACCUACUCCAGGACUAAAGGUGUGAAAGGUACCGAUGGAAGAGACUACAUGAUUGAUUUGUACCGGACGACACCUUUGGAUAUCGAGUUUAUCGACAAGUACUACGAUCCAUCGAAGAAAGACUCCUAUCCACUCGGCGAGGUCACGUUAAGACACGAAGCUGUGGAUGAAUGGUGGAGAAGACAGGCCUCAGUUGCCGUCCGGAAGGAGGCAGAGCGUCUUGAGAGGGAGAAGAAGGAUGAAGAUGCAGAUAAGACCAAAGAAGCCGAGAAGCAGACCAUUGCUGUUGAUCCUAAGCUGUUCUCCUUGAAUCCAGAUGCAUUUUCACUACCGGAAGCACCUACCAAGGAGCUUGAGGCUGAGCAGAAGAAAGACGAGGAUGAGGUCAGAGAGGCCUCGAAGUUCGUCCAGAAUGUUCUAAUUCCGGAAUUCCUCGAGGAGUUCGAGAAGACAGACACGUUCCUUCCAUUGGAUGGUGCCCACCUGGCCUCUAUAAUGCACGAUCAGGGAAUCAACAUGCGGUAUCUUGGUGUUAUCACGAGAUUGAUCGAUGAGAGAAUCGAGAAAAUUUCGAAGGAGAAGGAGGAAAGAGCUGCAAAGAUUGCAAAGGAGAAUGUGGUGAUCGCUGCGGAACUCGAGAAGGAGGAGAAGGAGGUCACAGAGGAGAUGAAAAAGGUGAUGCAGACCAAGAAGGGCGAUGAGGCCCGGAAGGAAAUUGCGAAAUUGCAAGAAAAGCAGCAGAAGAAAGAGGAGGAAAGACAGAAGAAGCAGUCCACAGACAUCUCUUCAAGCGAUGCUGCAUACUCGCUACGCACUGUCAAGCGUAUCUGCAUCGAGGAGGCUGUUUCUCGGUCCACAAAGCACUACUUGAGGCAGGCUUUGAGCAAGACUCCACUAGUUUUUGCACCCUAUGUGAUCUCGCACGUCCACAACUGUCUUUUGACACCAUCGGGUGGCCCAGAAGUGCAGGCUGCAAAGAUUGAUCCCGAGCUUAAGGAACUUUACGAUUUGGAUGAGGUGGCACCGGUUUUGAAGAAGUCUGCACAGGACGUGCUUUCCGAAAUUGCGGAAAUUGCACACACCAGGUUCAGACUCGAGCUCUCCGAGGGUUGGGCCACAAAGCUCCACCCAUUGGUGGUGAUGUCAAACAUUGCAAAGAAGUUUGGCAUUCAGUGGAAGAGCAGAGAGUAUGCAUUCACAGCAGAAAAGCUGGAGAAGCAGAUUUCUGCAGCAAAGGAGGCCGUUGGAGAGGCCAAGGCGCAGGCAGAAUCUCAGGAUGCGUUGAAGAAGAGCAGAAAGAGCAAGAAGAAGAAUGGUAAGAAGCAUCAUCAUCAAUAUCAUCAGCAUGCAGUUUCAGAGGCAGAAAUCCAGACCUCCGUGUUUGUGCCAGAGGACAUCAUUGGACUCGUUCCAAUCAUCAAAGACGCACCGUAUGAGUCUACCACAGCCGCCAACAUCUGGACUGCGGCAGUUGAGAACUCGCAGUCUUCGAAGAAACAGGCAGAGACACUUCAGCUCUUCCAGGAGGCUCUUGCAACCUUCGAGCAGAUAUACGGAAGCAUUCAUCCGUUGACGGCAUCUGCAGUUUCGGAUCUCUCUCGAGUUCUUUCGAAGCUGGACCAGGCUUCAGGGGCUGUUGGGUUGCAACGCAAGGCAUUCCAGAUUACAGAAAGGAUCUGGGGUGUCGAUUCAUACCGUGCAGUUCUUGCCUUGAACCGGAUGGCACUUUACGAGACGGAAAAUGGACAAUAUGCGGAUGCGUUGAAGAUCUACAGGCGUGCUUUGAACCACUGGCUUGUUUCCUAUGGCGAUGAAAGCCACCCAACAGUGUUGAGCACACUGUCUUCGAUAGCAGUCAUACUCCAGAACCUCAAGUUGAACGAGGAGGCCUCGAAAGUCUUCCAGAAGGCGAUCGACGUGAGCGAUCGGACACAUGGCGUUGAUGCUGACGUGUCAGGAUUGCUUCACUUCCAGCUUGCCCAGACUUUGAUAGCCCAGAACAAGUCUGCAGAGGCUGCUGCUGAGUGUGAGAAGGCAUACGAGAUUUUCAAACCGGUUCUUGGUUUGAACAAUGUGUUCACAUCUCAGGCGAGAAACUGGUCCCGGGGCCUCCGCAACUAUAUGGCAGAGGCCAAGAUCAGGCAGGAGUAUGUGAAGAAGAUGGGCAUGCAGAAGGAGAAGGAAGAGAGAAAGGGGAAGGAGGACAAGAAGGAGAAGGGGGGUAGAAAGUUGAAGCAGAAGGAGAAGAGAAAGAAGAACCAGGCGGAAGAUUCGAACCCUGAGAUCGCACAGAAGAGUGUUGAUGAGAUCAUGAAGUACAUCAACUCGGGUUCUGCACCUGAGAAGUCGAAGAAGCAUCACAGUUGA